AUGGGAAUCAACCUGAAGCAAUACCACGACCUCUCGGAAGCGGUGACGGAGAGGGACGCCCGGAUUGCGGCACUGGAGGAACAGCAACAAGUCCUUCUAGCACGUGCCUCUCAGGUGCAACUUCGCCUGUUGUCGACCCUCGAUUCGAUGGACGCCCUUCGUAGAUCGCACAGAAAAGAGUUGGACGCAGAAAAACGCGUCAACGAAUGCCUCACGCAUAAACUGGAUCGCGUAAAAAAGUAUGUGAAGGAAGCUCGUGCGGAGUGGGAUGAUACACGAGCAGCGCUGACGGUAGUGAUGGAGAAAGUCCACCUCGUGAAUGACUAUGCGCUGUGGCCUCACAGUCAGAUUGUCUUGUCCUGCCCUCUUGAACCGAUAUCCACGACUUCUGCGGGCAUAGUGGCCGGCCACAGCAAUGAUAUCCUCUUUACGCACGCCCAAGCGGUUAUCUCUUCUCUAAGAUCUGAGCUGGAAGCCGAACGGCGUGCGCACGAGCAAACGCACGAAUGGGCCAACGCCGAAAUUCUCUCGCUCAGUGCCCGACUUGCACGAAGGGAAGCGGAAUUAGAAGAGAGCAUUCUUCAUGUCAAUUCCGACUCGCAUCCACCGCAGUAUGGAGAAAUCAACAAUCCCGAGAUUUGCUCAACGGACAAAUGGAUUUCUGGCCACUUGAUUUCUUCAGCGCCGCCGCGGGCAGCCAUAUUCUCCCAAGAGGAUGCCAUCAAAAUCUUAGGUCUUUCCGCCUCGAGGAAUAAGGUCUUGGAGACGGAAGUUAAAGAACUCUUUGAACGCCUAGAAAAGACUCGGUCACGGUCGGACACCGUCGACAAAUUGCCCACGGAAGCACUACUGGUCCCCCGCAGUACCGCAGUUUCGCCACCGCCCAGUCCAAAUUUAACACCUCGACGACUUCAGCCUUCGCCAUCUCCCUAUGUAAUGCCUCCUCUUGAGACGCCCAUCCGAGAAACUGCAUCACCUUCACCGAUUCCAUCACAGUCCGAACACAUGAACGAACCGCCAGCGCUGGAAGACCUGAUCAAAGAAAUCAGAUUACUUGGUUCUAGAAUCGACGCUUUUAGCUCAGAGCGUCUCGCCAUGCGCUCAGCGAUAGAGGCUCAGCGCCAGCGGCGGGAUCCAUCGCCAGGAAUCCAGUGCCAAGACGAAUGUGAGCGAUUGAAGGAAGAGGUUACCAGAUUGAACCGUAAGCUGGUGGACGGGAAAGACCAGGAGCAUCAGUUUCAGCGCGAAACCACAGCGCUACGGCAGGAGCUAGUUCAGAGCGGCGCCAACAACGAAUGCAAUGCCUCUGUUGCUGAAACAGGGACCCACGUACUUAGAGCACGGCCCCCGUCAGAUGCUAGCUCUUCCCAUCUCAACGAGCAGGUAAUCCGCCAAGGCGCACCAGUGGAUAUUCUAAAUGAUGAAGACGACGUUGAGCGCUCUAUGGAGCUCUCUACUCCGUUACAGCCAACCAUUCUUUCAGUGCGGGCCGAUUCGCAAGAGGCUCACGGAGAUGCCAAUAUAGACCCGCCGAUGGUCCCCCUGCCCGAGUCACCGCGCAGUCCUACCGUUUCCGAGGCGCCGUCGUGGCUGCUAUCAUGUGUAGUACCAUCACCUCCAUCAUCUUCUCCCCCGCCGUGGUGGCCUCACUCUCAGUCUCCUUUCGAGCCCGAUGCAUACAAAGAGUUGCACACGAGUCGGCGGCUGGAAGCAGUCGAGCGGGAUCUUCUUCUCGCACGACAAGACCUAGAGGGGAAGAACGCGGAGCUCGAAGAGCUCUGUGCGAUCGUGGUCCAGCUUAUUGACAUGACGUAUGAAGGAGGCGGUGCAGAUGGCGACCUUAGCGGGGAAGAGAGCACCGGCGAGAGAAAUGGCGAAGAAGCACAAGGAUGCAGCUUGUGCGCUGGUUGUGAUGCAUAA